CUGCCCCCUGGCACACCACCAACUCCUGUCCCACCGAAGUCUCCUCACGACUGGAGCCCGUAUCCUAACGAUAUUGAAUUUGCAACGGCAGAGUUUGUUUUCAAACAAAGCCAUAUGUCUAACAAAGCUACAGACUUAUUACUCGACUUAAAUGCUGCGCAGCUGUUGAAACACGACGACCACCCUCCAUUCGCGGAUCACAAGGAUUUGCACAAGGUCAUCGACGCCACACAACUUGGCAAUGUCACUUGGCAAUGUCUCUCGAUUCAAUACACAGGGGAACACCCUGAACAUGAUGCUCCUCCGUGGAUGGACAGAGAAUACGAGGUCUGGUAC